UGGGGAACCAUUUUGGGGCGCCGGGCCGGGGCGUGGACGUAGCCGGUGGAUGCGGAGCGGGCGCGGCUGUAAAUGGGGGGGGGUCGGACCCGAAGCGGUAACGACAACGCGCGGAGCGGCGCGGGCUCCCGCCGGGGAUCGCGGGGGCAGCGCCCGGCCUGCGCCCCCCGGCCGCCCCGCGCCCGGGAGGGGCCGCUGCCCCGAAGAGCCCCUCUCUUCGGCGCGGAAACGCCAUGAGCUCCUUCGCUCCCUAUGACGGGGAGACCUGCCUCCAGCUUUCGCCAGUCGUGGAAGGGAGCCUUGUGUGCGUGCUUGCCGGGAAGUAAAACCAGCAAGGGGAAAGAAAUGAGCCGUCAGACUGCUACAGCACUACCUACAGGUACUUCAAAGUGUACGCCAUCACAGAGGGUGCCUGCACUGACUGGCACUACAGCUUCCAAUAAUGACUUGGCUAGUCUCUUUGAGUGUCCUGUGUGUUUUGACUAUGUGCUGCCACCAAUUCUUCAGUGUCAGAGUGGCCAUCUUGUUUGUAGCAACUGUCGCCCCAAACUUACGUGCUGUCCAACUUGCCGAGGCCCGCUGGGCUCCAUUCGUAACCUGGCUAUGGAGAAAGUUGCCAAUUCUGUACUAUUCCCAUGUAAAUAUGCCUCUUCUGGAUGUGAGAUAACUUUGCCACACACAGAAAAAGCAGACCAUGAGGAGUUGUGUGAGUUUAGGCCUUAUUCCUGUCCAUGUCCUGGUGCUUCAUGUAAAUGGCAAGGUUCUCUGGAUGCUGUAAUGCCACAUCUGAUGCAUCAACAUAAGUCAAUUACAACACUUCAGGGAGAAGAUAUAGUGUUCCUUGCUACAGACAUUAAUCUUCCUGGUGCUGUUGACUGGGUUAUGAUGCAGUCUUGUUUUGGCUUUCAUUUCAUGUUAGUAUUGGAGAAACAGGAAAAAUAUGAUGGUCACCAGCAGUUCUUUGCAAUUGUACAGCUGAUAGGAACACGCAAGCAAGCAGAAAACUUUGCUUAUCGACUUGAGUUAAAUGGUCAUAGGCGGCGAUUGACUUGGGAAGCAACUCCUCGAUCUAUUCAUGAGGGAAUUGCAACAGCCAUUAUGAAUAGUGACUGUCUAGUCUUUGACACCAGCAUUGCACAGCUCUUUGCAGAAAAUGGCAAUUUAGGCAUCAAUGUAACUAUAUCCAUGUGUUGAAAUGGCAAUCAAACCUCUUCAGGCCAGUGUUUAAAACCGUUGCAUUUAAUUUAGCAGAAACUAGGGUAACCAUCUUUGACUGUCAGACAAAUUGUUUGGUAGAUGGAGGGUAGGCAUAUAUGAAGGUAAAUAAGAGGAAAGGCUGUUAAAUUACAGGAAGCAGUUGCAUGUAGUAACACUAAUAUAUUUAAAAUAAGUCAACAGUAAACCACUGAAAAUAUAUAUACACCCAAAACGGGCAUCUUUUGUAUUAAGAAUUGAUUCUACAGGAAAUGUUGUAAAAUAAUUCUAAAAACUUGUUUGUAGAUUGAUUGUACUGUUGAAAAGGAUACUGUUUCGUGUUUUUGUUUGUGUUUUUUUCCUCCCCCCUUUGACUGACAAGCCAUGUUGAGCAGAGUUGGUCUCUGGCCGCUGCUUCCCUCCCUCCCCCUGCCCUGCGCCCCUGUCCCCCCCCCCCCCCCCCCCCUUUGUAAGUCACUACAUAGUAUUGCUGCUGUUUGUGUAUAUUUUUUGUGUAUUUGCUAAUUUUUAUUAACUUCUAGUUUUUCAUUAAAUAAAUAUGACUUUCUUUUCUGUAAUUCAGGUUUUUCUCUUUUUUGUAUCUUUUUAAAAUUAAUUACAGGUGUCAUCUUUUGAUAUGCAUAAUUGCUAUGGUAAAACUUAUAUUUCUGUAUGUUUGGUAAAUUUUGUCUCUUUCCAGUAGUCAAUUCAUUGGUGAUACUGUUCUUAAUUGAGCUAUUUUGUGAAUGUACUGAACUCGAAAGGAGUACUUAUGUUCAAAGAUGUAUCAGGAAAGAAAGCUCCUUUAAAAACAGGUCUAGAUGUUGUUGUACUUUGAGUUAUCUUCUAACAAAAAUGAACAAUUAUUGAGAAUUUUCCGAAUUAAAAAAAAAAAUAAAAAAUUCACGUUUCAAAUUUAGAGAUGCUUAGAAACUUGAUUGCAUCUAUGUAUUUGUUGGUUUUGCAGUACAAAGAAGGUAUUGUCUUACACAGUAUUUGUAAUGAUAAAACCAGACCAUUUGUUUUUUGUUUUUUUUUUAAAAAAAAGGCAGUCAGAAUGAGAUGUUUUCAGUCUUUUUAUAUUUGUCAUUAAAAGAAUACCUGGCAAUUAAAAAAAACCCACUUUUUGUUUUUUGCUUUAGCUCAAAGUUUGACACAUUGAUACUCUUGCUUAGUUUCUUGUCGUCUUGUCUUUUGGUUGUUACUAAAGUAACUGUCUUGAACUGAUUUUUGUAUAUUUUAGUGACAUGAUACACAUGACAAUGCAAAUAAUCUCUUACAGGUGUGAUUCACCAGCCAUAAAGGCUUUUGAAGGAUAUUGGGCUUUAUGCAGACUGCCUGUAUGUGAAAAAUUUAACCACGAAUGUAUAUGGUACUUGUGUUAUAAAACAUAGACAUAGAGACAGAAAAAAGAGUAAGGUGAAAAGCUGUUUCAUCUCAAGCUAUUUGAAAGGAAUCUUUGUCAAACUGAGUAGUAGUGGACAUCUGUUUGGGGACGUAGUCUGGCUAUUAACUACUUUUGUAACACAUUAAAAUACAGUUUAUUUACUGUGCACUGUCUUAACUUUCUUAAUCAGAAGUUGAUCUAUUAAGACAACUCUUGUUCUUAUUAUUUUGGUGCAUGAUGAGGUAAGUAGUUCUACAGGUAAGGAACAUAAAAUCCAUCAGGCUGGAUUAAUAAAAUACUACAGAAAUAGUUGACUUCAUGUAGUCAAAGUUUCACUCCUUAAACUUUGGUAUUUAGGCUGUUCAAACUGUGCACAGAUAUCAUUUAAAACAUGUAUUGGUACCUUGUGACAGUAGAUAAAAGCUUCAAAAAAUCCUGCGAUCUAGCUUUUUUUUCCUUACGAAUACACAACCAAUUGUUUGCAGUCUUCUAAAUUCAGUAAUUAUUCUCACCUAAUUAAGCUUGUCUGCAUUUACCUCAGGUUUGUCUUCUGGUCUUUGACAGAAACUUGGCUAAAUACUUCAGAUAUUUUUAGAGGAAUACACUGACUCACCAUCUCACUUGCUCACUCGUGACUGGCUGGCUUGGACUGAAGUUUGCCUGCCAAGGUUAUCUGAUUUUCAGCUCUCCAGUUGUGUGAAGAAACUCUAGCUGAAAGCCUGUAAGAACCCUCUGCAGUCUGAGACUUAGGCUUAGGGAGUAACAGGGCUGCAUUAGCACAUGGGUUGUGCAAGACCGUUCUCUGCGGCUGCUUGUACUUGGAAUGGUUCAACUUGUGUUGUGUGCCCAAAAGAACUGUGAAUCUUCAAACCUUGUGGCACUGAGCUGCAGUGAUUUUAGUUAGGCUAGAAUGGGCUGAAGAUCACAACUGUACUUUUGAAGGGGACUUCAAAAAUUGCAUUUGUAGUGAGCUUUAGAAGUUGAGUGGUAUGGUCAGACAGUUUUUUUCAUGUUUUACAGAUGACAAAUGCUAUAGCAUAACUAAUGUACGCUGACUUACUGUGAUGUAAACUAGUAUUACUCCAUUUGGUGUGGGGAAAAAAAAAUCCAUGUAAAACAUUUGAUGUUCAUCAUCGGAUGGAAUGAUUAAACAGAUUGUACUUAGGUUCAGAUCCUCAAAAGUAUUAGAAGCCUAAUUCAGUGGCUCUCCUCUAAAGAGUUUGAGGAUCCGGUAAGUCAGCUACACUCUAGACAUCUGUACAGUUUACUACCUUAUCUAAAAUAAAUGGUGUAUUGAAGUCUGGCAUUAUCUUAACAUUAGCUAUUUAUUUUAGUACUAUUUUACUUUGCUGUAUUGGGAAAGAGUAUUCAAAUUUGUCUUUAACGGAUGAAGUGAAAUGCAGUAGAUCUCGCAUUUGUCUACUAGCACUACCUCCAUUGUUUUUCAUUGCCCUUUAAAAAAAACCAAGCCUUAAAAGGAAAAUGUUUGCCAAAUGUGGAUGUUAAUAUUUGGGUUCUGUUUUGACAUAUUUUGCUAGUUCUUGUUCGCAGUAGUGCUUUAAAAUUAAAGCAGGUGAACUGUUUUGUAUUGCUGCCUCUACUGUUGUAUUAUCCAGUAUCUUUUCAAAGCUGCUAUGAUUAAAGCAUGAAUUGCACUAGUGGGAUAGUUAUUAUCUGUAACAAUUUAUAGUGUGGCUAGAGGAAAGGAGCCAUCACUGCUUUCUUUUUACCUUUGAUAAGCUUUAGCUAUCUUACAGUAUAUUCUGAGGGACACAUGUUUAAUAUCAGGUCCAUUUAACUGUCACUUGCAGAGCAGAGUAAUCCCUAGUGUAUUGAAAUUACUUUAAAAGGUCUUUACUGUUCUGGCUUACUGCUGCACAGAUUGUUAUUCUUCUCGACAGUGUUCAGUGAAAGUAAAAGAAAAGGCACUAAAGUGUGUCUAUACUAUCCGCUAUAAUGGGUAAUGCUUAAGUUUUAUUUAAAUAAUCUCAACAAAGUAACAUAACAAGUCAGCUCUGCAAGCAGGAACAUGAACAGCUGUAAGUAAAUGCCCAUUAAUAUCUUCAGAGUGGCAUUAAAACCCUCACCUUUCAGAUAAAGUCCAAUGUGGACAAGACUUACAAAUUGGAGCGCUGUGGCAGACAGAAAGUCAUUGCUUAACUUUUCUUGGGGGCAACUUCCUGUUCUGUAGUGAAAUUGCUGUGGAAACUUUUUUUUUUUACAGUACUUGCCCUCUUUCUUUCCAAAAAAUUCAGGUUUUUUCUACGUGUAUAAACAGACUGCACUGGAAUUCCAUGCAUGUCUGUUUUCUCACUAGUGCAAAGUAGUGCAGGAUUGUUAUUUGAUCUGCAUUAAGUUUGGUAAAGAAUUUUUUUCCCCCCUACUGGUUUUGAUUAAAGGCAAAGCAGCACAUUAGUUACUGUA